AUGGCGGAUACGGCUGGAAAUUGGUGUUUAAUUGAGAGCGAUCCUGGUGUUUUUACCGAAUUAAUCAAGGAAUUUGGUGUGAAAGGGGUUCAAGUCGAAGAAUUGUACAGUCUCGAUGAUGAUCAGUUUCAAAAUUUAAAACCAAUUCACGGAUUGAUAUUCUUAUUCAAAUGGGUGAAAGAUGAUGAACCCUCUGGAUCAAUUGUACAAGAUGACCGCCUGGAAAAAAUAUUUUUUGCCAAACAGGUAAUUAAUAAUGCUUGUGCGACACAAGCUAUACUGAGUGUACUGCUGAAUUGUAAGCACUCUGAUAUAUCUCUUGGACCAAAUUUAGAAGAAUUGAAAACAUUCUGUCAAAGCUUUGAUGCUAAUAUGAGAGGUCUUGCUCUAAGCAAUUCAGAUGUCAUUAGGACUGUCCACAAUUCUUUUGCCAGGCAAUCGCUGUUUGAAUUUGACUGUAAACAAUCGAACAAAGAUGAAGAUGUGUAUCACUUUGUUAGUUAUGUGCCCAUUGAUGGAAGAUUGUAUGAGUUGGAUGGAUUAAAGGAGGGACCUAUUGAUCUAGGAGCCUGUCAACCAGGAGAUGAUUGGGUACAGGCUGCCAAACCUAUUAUUGAAAAAAGAAUAAAAAAGUAUAAUGAAGGAGAAAUUCAUUUUAACUUGAUGGCAAUUGUGAGCGACAGAAUGAUGCUUUACGAGAAACAAAAGAGUUUGACAACUGAUCAAGCUGAAAUAUCCAGGUUGCAAUCUUUGAUUGAUGAAGAAAUGUGGAAAUCUAAGAAGUACAAAAUAGAAAAUAUUCGGAGGAAGCAUAAUUAUCUUCCUUUAAUUGUGGAACUGUUAAAAGUUUUAGCAAAAGAAGGAAAGUUGGUUCCUCUUUAUCAGAAAGCAAAAGAGAGGGCUAUAGAAAAAGAAUCAAAGAAGAAUAAGACAUGAACGUAAUUUCUUGAAACUUAAAUUUAUUUACCUUUGUAAUAAAUGCGAAAGCAGUAUGAAUUGUCAUUAUAUUUUACAGGCAUUUACACCCUAUCACAAAUUUGUACAGAUACUUUUUUUUUUUAAGUUAGUGAAAAAAGCCAUUUUUGAUCAUACUACAGUCUCGUUAACAUUAAUAUUUUGGUGAUCUUAAUAAACUAUACAGAUUGUAAGUA